GCAGCCCAGCAGGGACUUUCCAGCCGGCGGCGGCGGCGGCGGCGGCGGCGGCCGCCGGCCCUUCCCCGCCCCCCCGACAUGGGGCUGCCCGGGGAGCUGGACGCUGCAGACGGCGGCGGAGGAUGCGCGCGGCGCCCCUGAGCCGGCCGAGCGGGCGGGCCGCGGGAUGAAUGACUGAUUCACAGUCGGAGAGCUGCAGAGAGGCUGGAAGGCAGGAGGUUCUGGGAUCCAGCCGGGGCCGAAUGCACACCCUUCCACCUUCGAUUAACACCAAAGAUGAAGAAACUGAGGCCCAAAGAAGUUAUCCACUUGGUUGAGGUCCCAGAAUAGAUCAGAACCAGUUCGCUGUCAGAAACCUGCGCCUGGAUCCUGGCUGUCUGUCUGAUCCCCUGAGGUUCACGUCCUCACAGACAAGGUUUUUUAUUUUUUUGUUACAAGGUUUUUCCAUGUAGUCUUGGUUAUCCUGGAACUGUGGAUCAGGCUGGCCUUGAACUCAGAGGGAUCCACCUGCUUCUGCCUCCCGAGUGCUGGGAUUAGAGGUGUGCACCACUACUGCCUGGCCAAGGAAGUGGUUUCUUGGAGGUUGCAGAAUCAUUGAGACCAGAGCAAGACAUUCUGUGUUUGUGGAGUUCUGGCAAUACUCCAUUAUCUGGCCAGGUACAAGAUCCCUGUUACUUGAAGGAUAAGGCUGGCACUGUUCGAUGUUUUUGUGGAAGCUUCUGCCUCACUCCUGAGCCUCCCUGAACCUCCUUACAGCAUAUGACACAGAAUUUCUUUUCCCUAAGAUGGAGUCGAGCAAAAAGAUGGACGCUGCUGGUGCACUGCAGCCCAACCCACCACUCAAGCUGCAGCCUGAUCGCAGUGCGGGGUCAGUGCUUGUUCCAGAGCAAGGAGGCUACAAGGAAAAGUUUGUGAAGACCGUGGAAGACAAGUACAAGUGUGAGAAGUGCCGCCUGGUGCUGUGCAACCCCAAGCAGACCGAGUGUGGGCACCGGUUUUGUGAGAGCUGCAUGGCUGCCCUGCUCAGCUCCUCAAGUCCAAAAUGUACAGCGUGCCAAGAGAGCAUCAUCAAAGACAAGGUGUUUAAGGAUAAUUGCUGUAAGAGAGAGAUCCUGGCUCUUCAGAUCUACUGUCGGAAUGAAGGCAGAGGCUGUGCAGAGCGGCUGACUCUGGGGCAUCUACUGAUACACCUCAAGAGUGAGUGCCAGUUUGAGGAGCUUCCCUGCCUUCGUGCGGACUGCAAAGAAAAAGUACUGAGAAAAGACUUGCGGGAUCACGUGGAAAAGGCCUGUAAAUACCGAGAGGCCACAUGCAAUCACUGCAAGAGCCAAGUCCCCAUGAUCACACUGCAGAAACACGAAGAUACCGAUUGUCCCUGUGUGGUGGUGUCCUGCCCCCAUAAGUGCAGCGUCCAGACUCUUCUGAGAAGUGAGUUGAGUGCACACUUGUCAGAGUGUGUCAAUGCCCCCAGCACCUGUAGUUUUAAGCGCUAUGGCUGCGUUUUUCAGGGCACAAACCAGCAGAUUAAGGCCCAUGAGGCCAGCUCUGCCGUGCAGCACGUGAAUCUGCUCAAGGAGUGGAGUAACUCCCUGGAGAAGAAGGUUUCCUUGCUGCAGAAUGAAAGCGUUGAAAAAAACAAGAGCAUACAAAGUUUGCACAAUCAGAUAUGUAGCUUUGAAAUUGAAAUUGAGAGACAAAAGGAAAUGCUUCGAAACAAUGAAUCCAAAAUCCUUCAUUUGCAGCGAGUAAUAGACAGCCAGGCAGAGAAGCUGAAAGAACUCGACAAGGAGAUCCGUCCCUUCCGGCAGAACUGGGAGGAAGCAGACAGCAUGAAGAGCAGUGUGGAGUCCCUGCAGAACCGCGUGACUGAGCUGGAAAGCGUGGACAAGAGUGCUGGACAGGCGGCUCGCAACACAGGCUUGCUGGAGUCCCAGCUGAGCCGGCAUGACCAGAUGCUGAGUGUUCAUGACAUCCGCUUGGCUGACAUGGACCUGCGGUUCCAGGUCCUUGAGACCGCCAGCUACAAUGGUGUGCUGAUCUGGAAGAUCCGUGACUACAAGCGCCGGAAGCAGGAGGCCGUCAUGGGGAAGACCCUGUCUCUCUACAGCCAGCCUUUCUACACGGGCUAUUUUGGCUAUAAGAUGUGUGCCAGGGUCUACCUGAACGGGGACGGAAUGGGAAAAGGGACACACUUGUCGCUGUUUUUUGUCAUUAUGCGUGGAGAAUAUGAUGCUUUGUUGCCAUGGCCAUUCAAGCAGAAAGUGACGCUCAUGCUGAUGGAUCAAGGGUCCUCUCGACGUCAUCUGGGAGAUGCAUUCAAGCCUGAUCCCAACAGCAGCAGCUUCAAGAAGCCCACUGGAGAGAUGAAUAUCGCUUCUGGCUGCCCAGUCUUUGUUGCCCAAACUGUUCUAGAGAAUGGGACGUAUAUUAAAGAUGAUACAAUUUUUAUUAAAGUCAUAGUGGAUACUUCGGAUCUGCCUGACCCCUGACAAGAAACUGGGGAGGUGGAUUCAGCAGAAGGUAACUCCUCUGGGGGGUUGAAGCGGUCUGUCUUCACGAAGGUCCUCGCCCUCACAAAGGACCGUGUGGAACAGGGUAAGCAGCCGGAGGAGGAGGAGGAGGAUGCGUGGCUAGCAGGGGCCACCCGUGAAAACAGACCCAACGGAUUUCCUAAUAGACUAGCCACACUCGCUCUGAAGAGCUCUUUAUCCUUCAACAAGAUAAACAUUGCUGUCAGAAGGUUUCAUUUCAUUUUUAAAGAUCUAGUUAAUUAAGGUGGAAACAUAUAUGCUAAAAAGAAACAUGAUUUUUCUUCCUUAACUUGAACACCAAAAAGAAAACACAUGUGGAGGUAGCUGGAUGUGUCAGCAUGUUAAUUUAAAAGGUGAACUUAUAAUAAUACAAUUCUGAUAUAUUCAUCCUAAAAUUCAAGAGUGCAAUCAUGUUUCAAAUAUAGUAUAUUGUCUAUUUUUAAGGCCUCAUCUGGUCUCUGUUUUAAUAAUUUGUUUGUCAGAAGGCCCUGAGUAGACAUAAAGUCUCUAAAUUCAGAAGUCAUUUUUAAUUUAAAGUUCUAUAAAUAAUUGUUACUGCAAACAUUUUGUUUUAAAACGUUGAUAGACUGAUAUUUCUUGGAAGAAAAUGUGAAAUAUCAAACACUGGGUAUCACUUGUGAUAGGAAAGAGGAUAUUCAAACUGUCGUUAUUUCUCGUUAGAAAUGUAGCGCUUCGAUGCCUGUCGUAGUUAGUGACACUACUUCACAAUGACUGUGAGAGGGACAGUGCUCAUGGAUGCUGUGCAUCGUUUCAGACGUAAACUGUUCUCACCCUAAAAUAGGGCACUAGUUGAACUUUGGAGUUCUAAACAAAGUCCUGUAGGUUUUUAAAAUUCUGCCCCAUGUUUAGACAAGCUCUCUCUGUUGCUGACAGCACCAGCCGUGGUCUCCAGUGUCCAGUGUCCGGGGAUAGGCAGGUGACCUGUGCUGCAGGAGGCCCCAGCAAGCGUUUCUCAUACUGUCUGUCAUACUGCUGCAUUCAGCUAAUGAUCUCCGAAAGCAACGUCUGUGCUCAGAGAUGGUGGCAUACGGUACAUGUGCCUUAGAUGUGACAUGCUGCUUCUUGUCCCUGGGUUUGCGUUCACCGUGAUUCUAGAAAGUGAUAGUUUAACCAGAUCUCUCUCCACCACCAGAUCCUUGUCUCUGCCAGGGCCCUCAGACAACUCAGAACCUGCCUGGGGAAGCCAGGCCUCCAUUGGCAGCAUCCGGAGGCUCUGCUGCUAAAUACAGAUUCCCACUUAGACCCCCAAGAGCAGCCCAGUCCCACCCCAGGGGAAGGAGGUGUGAGCAGAAGCCACACCCUUCCAGGUCUCCACAAGGACCCUGAAAACCCCUACUCCCCGUAGUGUGAAGGAGAAACCCCCUGUCCUAAGCAUUCCCAAGACUGGACCGCUGGUCUGGGAGGCUGGCCAGCAGUGGCCCUGGCCUCCCUGUGGAAGGACGGUCAGUGACACACACACACACACACACACCCCCACCCUGCCCAGCUGGCACUCUGAGCUCACUGUUUACGUCUCUUGAUGGUCUAACUGUGACAGAAGCCUGGAGCCCUGCCCCGGUGCCCCUUUUGCUAUGCACCACACUUCAUGGUGCUCUCACACUGAUGGGUGCUACACGCGACGGGUGCUUCUUAGGCAAAACCAAUGUGUGCGAACCACAUCUGUGCCACUUGCCCAAAAGGCGUGCCCACAAUUGGCCAGCUGGGCCCGCGCUUCAGACUGCCUGCCUCUGGGCUCUCCCCAUGGUCGCGCGGGGACGGCUGGGUUGGUGCCCGAUGGCCCACCUUGUCUCUGGUGCUGCCAUCUGUCCUGGGUGUGCCUUUGCCCCAGUGCCUGCUGGAAGUGCCCUCCUCCUGCACACCUGCCCCGUGGUCUCCAGCACUUGCCCUGCCCACCAUGGCUGAAACGUUUGGUUCUUACCUGCUGCUCCUUCCUUUCUCCACUCUGCUGGGACUGCUUUGGGGUGAGUCGGUGGGAAGACUGCAGAGCCCACGUCCUUUGAGAGGAGCCCUCUGCUUCCUCCAGGCCUGUCCCCCAGGGUUCUUCCCCAGAGGCCUGGAGCUGGGAGGACCACCUGGCAAUCCUUAGUUGACCUCAGCUUUCCCAUGGCCAGGUGCCAGCAACAGAGACACCCCUGCAGCACCCCAUUUUGAAGAAGUCAGUACAGUGCCAAUGGGUAGAGGCCAGCAACGUCAUGGGCUGAUAAACCUGCCUGUCUUUAGGAUUAGAGCCUGGUAUGAGGGUGACCCUGAGGCGUCCUCAGGCCUUCCCGCCCUGGGAGUGAGACUUCUAUAAGACUCUCCCAUGUGAUGAGCGCCCUCCUGGCUUCCCCUGGGUGCCUGCAGGAUGUGAGUAGCUAACUGUUGUCCCCAGGGAUGAGGGUCCAGCAUGUCACAGCUUUCUGUUCUGUAGAGUGUCUCUUGCAUUUCUUGGUAACAAUAGAAUAGUGGGCAAGCUCAUUCCUUUGUGCCCUGUCUCAAUGUGUGAAGGACGUGCCCGGCACGUCUCCUGGGAGGUGUGGAGCUGCCGUGUCCUACCUGGGUGUGCCUCGCUCCGCUCCGUCUCAGCAUUCCUCGGUGCCCCUUCGGUGCUCACCACCUGGGCCAGGCUGGGGCUGUGGUCUCAGCACAGGGGAGGCCCUGUUGCCGGUCCUGGCAGCCAGCCCUCACCACCUCACAGGCUGGCCAUGCAGUAUGUGUAUCUGGCUGUGCGAAAGUGUCAAUUGCUCAUCCUUUAAAGGGUCCAUUUGUGUCAUGGCCUCCAUGAGGAAAUUGGACACAACUCCUGCAUACCUGAGGCAGUAUCCCGUGCCAGCCCAAAACUGCCCCUGGGAAGAUGCAAGCCACUAAGUGACAAUGUGUCUUGAGGCCUGCCCCAUGGUUUUUGUGAGUAGCUGAAAGCCUGUGUCAGUAACAGCCCAGGACAAGACUGGGAGGGAGGGAGGGAGCGCCUUCCACCUUCGUUGGUCAGAGAAAGGAAGGCAGCCCGAAGGGCCCUGGCUGGGCCUGCCUUACUUCUUAGGGACAGACAGACCCAACCGAAGCUGUGUAGCAUGCCAGGCUGUGGGUAAGACAGCGGUGGAUGAGACUGUGUGUGAGUGUGUGUGAGUGUGUAAGUGAGUGUAUGUGUGUGAGUGUGUGAGUGAGUGUGUGAGUGUGAGAGUGAGUAUGUGAGUGAGUGAGUGUGUGUGUGUGUGUGUGUGUGUGUGUGUGUGUGUGUGUGAUGGGCUCAUUGAGGAGAGCAGGGCCCACACCCCAGCCCACCCAGCUACCAGUUUCUCUAGGGCCCAUGCUCAGCAUUCGGAGAAGCAAAGGGCCGUUGAGAGGUCCUACACCACAGUCCACGCCCAUCUCCCCUUCUUGGAGUAGCCUGUGCACAGUGUCCCUAAGCCAGCCCAGCAGUCAGCCAAGGGAGGUGACUGCUUAUGGCCACCGCCCUGCCUCUUCUUUCUCUGUCUUCUCCAUUUCCUCCCAGGACUGGGACUCCAGGGAGCUGUGAUUCACUAUGGCUCUGCUCCCUGGGCAGCCUCCAGCAGGGUUUCAGACCUGCCGCCACCAGAUUCCCUUUGAAUGAGGACCUAGAGUCAGACACAGUCCCUUGCCGGUAGCUAGCCACCUUCCCAUGUCUCCUUAGUCUGCCCUAGAGUCCCUCCUGGAGUUGGGACCACAUGCCUGCCACCUUGGGCCCGACAUUAAUGAUACCGCUGUAACUGAACAGUAUGGUAGCAGUCACCCAUGGCAGGCCUGACAACCGAUGGACAGCAUCCAGCAAAGGGGAGGGUGUCUGGGCAUGCCAAGUAAUAGGGUCCUGGGCGGGCUACUCCUGCCCCCCAAGAGGAAGCCAGGGGAGUGCCAGUGCCCACAGCGCGGCCCUUGCCUCCUCCUUCCCCCUGCACACUGCCAAGCAUUGCGGGGCUGCACUCUGUACUUGGCCAAGAUAUUUCCCACCUGACAGGCGACAGGGUCGGUCAGCCCCUACCCUGUACGUCCCUCUGCUUGGGACCAUCAGUGAAUGGAGAGAGCUUGGUGGAGCUGAGGGUACGAUUUUUUUCCUUUCCUUUUCUUUUUAAACUUUCAAUUCAGCACUUUCCUGACUGGAUUGCAGGAGAGCUCGUGUGAGUUCCAGGCAUACCAUUUUGUGUCUGAGGGUGUGUGACAAAUGAGGGUCUGCCCCCAAAUCUUCUCAGACUAAGAUCAUGGUUCUGUCUUCCGUUUGCAAAUCCAUAGCAGCUCUUCUCCAGGCUAGAAUGCGUCCACAGGGUCUGGGUCUGAUGAGGCGAUACAGUUGGCAAGCGACUCAGCCGUCAUUACCCGUCUCACCCCAGCUGGUAUUGGUUGCCAUGGGCACUGUGGCAUCAAGGAGCCAGGUCAGUGUGGACAGUAAGAAGAGGCCAGCAGCCUGUCCCAAAGGCCUGGACAUAUCCCAGCCUGUCGUCCAUUUGGAGGGUUUCCUGGGCACCAUUCCUAGGCAGGCGGGCAGUGGCCCACACCAAGGCAGGCGUAGGCUAAGCAGGCCCAAGCAGCCAUUUCCCCUGCCACACCAUGUGUGGAGUCUUUCUUGUGAGUUCACUGUGGAGAGGAGGUGACAGGUGCAGGCUCACUGUGCCCCUCCCCCCGUAGUCAGCGGCAACUGGCCUACACCGUAGUUAGUCCCCUUAGUCAGUGAGAUAACCUUCAAAGGCAACUACAUGACCUAAUUGGAAAACACAAAAGCCGGCCCUCCUUCCAAGGAUUUCCCUCAGAAUCUGUAGGCGCUGACUGAGGAAGUGGGGUCAAUGUACGCUGUGUGGAGUUGCGUUCUUUUCUCUGAUGGCACGCCUCUGGUGUUCAGUUCUAUUGCCCAAAAACAAAGACCAAAGAAGGCCAAUCUCUGAUUUGACUGUAUUUUUAAUCUGCCUGUUUUGACACUUGCCGUCUGUAGUAACCGCUCGCUGUGAGGCCCCAUCUUGACAGUCCAAGUGAUUGUGACCAGUGAUUAGCAUCCUGUGUUCUUCUGCUCUUCUAAGAAACCGAGACAGUGUGAGUUAUUGCUCAGCAAUAAUCCUGUCAGUAGGAGUUAGCAACAUGUCUCAUUUCUGAUAGCAUUAUGAUGUUUCGUAUUUUGUUUACUGUAUGUUACGUGUAGUUUCAUUUGGUAUUUAUUUGUGUUUUGAGGUCUUGCGAUGUUUCUGUUCUGCUGCUAAUAAUAAAGUUUGUAAGACUGUAGAAUGCAAAAUUUUGCAAUGCUAAAGUGUCUGUUAGAGGAAAAUAAAGCUGAUUUAAGAGUC